UGGGGAUGAGAUCGCAGACGCAGCCCAGGAGUGUGAUAAGAUUCUCCAGCGCGUGUUUGCCAAAGACUUUGCUACCGCCAAAGAGUACAAUAAACCAAAUAUGGACAGAAUACUGUCACCGGUUGGAACGGAACAUGUCAUCAUCGACAGUACGACAGUUCGCAGCGCUAGCGGUGCUGAUGGUGAUUCAGAAGCCAGCGCUGAGACUAGCACCAAGGCUGGUGUAAGUCCUAGGGAUUUCGGUAUUGAUACCGGUACUUUUAUACCGGGACUGAGUGCGGGGACGGAUUUGCUGUCUGCGUUGCCCUCUGCCGCUGCGGUGGUGGACAUGUCACGAGAAUUUUGUAUGUGA